AUGCUUUCUCCUAAAACAAAGUGUGUGACACCGGUGAAUCGCCCCCGUACUUCAGAGCCUUCGAUUGGGCACAGUUUAUCGGCUUCAAACUUACAAUCAUUUAAAAAUGUCUCCACAAUUUCAAACGAAUUGAGAAUUGGUAGACAUUCAUCAAUAACAAACAACAACUAUAUACCAUCCAGUGCAUUAUCUGAUGCAAGAUCCAAUAAAUCUCCUCAUGGAACUAGUCGAAGGUAUUCGUUUCCUGAGGGAGGCGCUACACCAUCUGAACAUAUGAAUCUUCGUAAAAUGAGUAAUGAACAAAUCAUUGAUUUAAUGGAAAGAGAACAAGAUGCAAUAGUUUUGAAAUUAAUGAAAGAAAUUGAAUCUUUAAAAGAAGAAAAUAAAUCUUUGAAAUCAUCACUUUCAAACGCUCUACAAUCAUCACUGCUCCCAAGAAGAACAUCAUCCUUAUCAUCAUCGGUAGGAGAGAAAGAAAGUACAAGGCUGUCUAUAUCAAGUAAUUCAUCAUUUCUAAAUUCAAAGGAUGAAAUGUUUAAUACUGAUAGAAAAAAAUUUAAAAGGAAACCUUCAAAUGAAAUUCCAAGGAAUUCAGUAAAGAAAGAGCAUUGA